AUGGCGAAAUACCUUGACAGUCACACAUUACGGCAAGCUGCUACAGCGUUGAUUCAUCAUCUACUACUGUUGCUGGCUUUCAUUACUGUACUACGAUGGGGGCCGGAGCACAGUGGUAUCCCUGAGGUCCCCUCGGGGUCAAAGUCUAGUAUAAGCCCUCCCCUCGACCAUCCGGUCGCGGAACGCAUCUGGCCGGAUGAUGAUUGGUCGGAAUAUGAUGGGGAGGCGGCGUAUACCAUCACGGGAGAGUGUGAGAGGCUCUUCUGCGACUUACUGUCUGCAAAAUUUCUUGGUGAGAAGGGUGUUGCACGGCAGGGCUCGCUUGUGAUGGAUGCGUAUCAAGCAUCACGGCCAAAUUAUACCAGAGAAGACUACAAGCAGAUCCAGAAAUGGAUUGAAGUAUGGAAUUAUCCAAGCGAUUCUAUUUAUCGAGGAUUCGUGGCGGAUAUGCAUAACGAGCGGACGCUAUUUGUAUUCUUCAACGAAGAUGUGAUGACUCAUGGUCUAAAAUCCGGAUUGAUCGCCCUAUUCGAACUGGCUAGUACACCCGCAUUCUGUUGUUCUCAAAUGAUUGCGUGUGUUCGCCGUUUACAGGAUGGUACCGAAAUGGAGGUUGUGAGGAGUCUGGGAUGGUGUGGUUUUAGUUUGACAACAUUGGCAGUUGGGAACCCUCGUGCCAGUCGAGAUGUCUCUUUGAGCAGCAAAUGGCUUUUCCUGAGCGCUGAGAUCUGA